AACCACCUCUCCGCUUUCUCCUUCCCGUCUCUCUCUCUCUCUCUCUCUCCUCCGGCCCCGAUUCCUUCUCCAAGCUCUACUCCUCUAUAAAUAAGCCAGGCGGCCCGCCCGCGGCGGCCAUCAAUCCAGCCACGCACGGAUAACGAAUUACUCCUCCGCUCGCCGCGAAAACCCUAGCCGCCGCCGCCCGCCGCGGAUCCCAUGGCCACCGCCUCCAGCCAGGCGAGCCUGCUGCUCUCCAAGCAGCUCCGAGAUCUCGCCAAGCACCCCGUCGACGGCUUCUCCGCCGGGCUCGUCGACGACAGCAACGUCUUCGAGUGGCAGGUCACCAUCAUCGGCCCGCCCGAAACCUUGUAUGAUGGAGGUUACUUCAAUGCAAUAAUGAGCUUCCCACAAAAUUAUCCGAACAGCCCUCCAUCAGUUAGAUUUACUUCUGAAAUGUGGCAUCCAAAUGUCUAUCCGGAUGGGCGCGUAUGCAUCUCUAUUCUUCAUCCACCUGGUGAUGAUCCCAACGGAUACGAGCUUGCUAGUGAGCGUUGGACACCAGUGCAUACGGUUGAGAGUAUAGUUCUGAGCAUCAUUUCGAUGCUUUCUAGCCCCAAUGAUGAAUCGCCAGCAAAUAUUGAAGCCGCUAAAGACUGGAGGGACAAGCGGGAUGAGUUCAAGAAAAAGGUUAGGCGUGCCGUACGUAAAUCUCAGGAAAUGCUAUGAAGCAAUGGGAGUAUCUGGGGAAGUUAGCCAUGCCUUUCCAGGCGUGCAAGGUUUUGCUGUGGAUCUCCAAAUACCCAUCCGGCGAUAGCAAUUUCACUUUUCCCCUGUAUAUUUUCCAUUUAGUGCGUCACCAUUGGCGGUCUCAUCUUGGCUGUCUUUGGAAUCGCACUGGGACCGAACGUUGUUGUAUUUGUGGCUUGGGCUAUCAUGAUUGAAAAACUUGGGAGAGCUGCCACUCACCAUAACAUUUAUAACGGAUCUGAUAUAAAAGGACACAUGCCUGAUGAGCUGAUUGUUGAAGUCCAAA